ACAGCCGAGGUAUACAACUAUACAUUAUUCCCGUUCUCUUCCCAAAUUCAAUUUAGGGUUAGCAUUUUCAAAACGCUUCACUGAUUUCAAUAACUCAAUAUCGUCCAGCAAUGGGAAGGAGAGAGCGUUCCAAAGCGGCGAAACUGGACAAAUAUUUGUUGUCGGAAGAGGAUGAAAGAAAGGGGAAAUCCUCAACCGAAGCGGCGAGUGACGGCGAAGCCGAGGCCAACGAAGACCUCAGCCUCAAAAUCGUUCAGAAAUCAAGGCAGAGAGCCGCUAAAAAUGAUACAAGGGGAGACGGCGUUGCGGAAGUAGUUGAUAAUUUGAAGGAAGAGCCGAGUAAGAAAGAGCUGAAGAAGAAGAGGAAAAAGAGCAAGGAAGUUAGAGAUGCCGUGGAUGGUGUAAAGGAGAAAGAGAAACUAGAGAUCGACAACACUGCUGAGGUUGCUAGUAUAGCUGUCGAAACCAAUCCUGUUGAGGUGUCAGAUAAUGCUGUCCUCAGGAAACUUCUUCGGGGGCCGAGGUACUUUGAUCCUCCCGAUAACAGUUGGGGAGCUUGCUAUAAUUGUGGUGAAGAGGGUCAUACGACCGCCAACUGUACUUCAGCUAGGCGAAAGAAACCUUGCUUUGUUUGUGGGAGUUUUGAACAUAAUGCAAAACAAUGUUCCAAGGGGCGAGAUUGCUUUAUCUGCAAGCAGCAAGGUCACCGUGCUAAAGAUUGCCCAGAGGGGUACAAUCGUUCAAAGAUAUGUCUCAAAUGUGGAGAUUUAGGGCAUGAAAUGUUCUCAUGCAGGAAUGAUUAUAGCCCAGAUGAUUUGAAGGAAAUACAAUGUUAUAUUUGUGGAAUAUAUGGCCAUCUUUGUUGUAAAGAAUAUAGCAAUCCUGGGCCCAAAGAAUAUUCUUGUUAUAGAUGUGGUCUCUCCGGCCAUUCGGGUUUGGCUUGCUCUGGCUUCCGUGUCCAUCGGGAAACAAAUGAUAAUGCACCUGAUAGUUCAUGCUACAAGUGUGGGGUAGUAGGACAUUUUGCACGCGAAUGCACCAGCACAAUGAAGGCUAGUAAGAGAAACCGUGAUCCAUCAACACCCAAGCACAAAUCUCCCAAAAAGAAGAGAGAUCAUUUGGAGACCCGGUCUGUCCCUCGUGAUAUUGGAAAGGAACGGAAAGGGAAGAAAUCCAAGGGCAUUGAAUUUCAUUCGGCUGCAAAACCAAAGCCGAAAGGUGGUUGGAUGACUGAACAUCCCGGUGAUUAUCAUGGCAGUGACCAAGAUAAUUACUGGAGAUCUCCAGCAACCCCAAGAGAUAGAAAAUCUCGGAAUUCCUAUUCCAACUGUGUUCAUGCAUCGAGCUCCCACUCUUCAAAAAAGCCUAGAAAGAUCAAUUUUAAUGAUUCAACCACAAAUGGGUCAAAUAGAUAUCAUCAACGUAGAUAUACAGCAUCAAGAUUUGGCAAUAAUAGCAAUGGUUAUGGUGGCAGUGGAAGAAAUGAUGAUUGGUGGUAGAAGAAGUUUUGUUUAAAGGAGGUGAGCGUGGGACAAUCUGAUGCUGUCCUAGGCCACAUAUACUGAUAUACGGGGCUGUGUGCUGUUUCAGCCAUCGCGUGCAACUUGAUGUUGGAGGUUCUUUUAGCAUCUGCUGUGAAGGUGCCCUGUGUUUUCAGUCAAUUUUGUACUUUUUUGCAUUUGAUGCACAUUUUUUCAGAUAAAUUUUCUCUUCGGCCACCUGGGUCUGUAAACUGUAAUUUUGACACUGGUUACAAUUUUACCAUGUGCUGUAAUUUGUAUGUAGUUGUUUCCCGAUAUCUAUCAUACAGUACUAGCUUUGAUAAA